AUGAUUCAAUAUGCUAAAGUCAAAGAAGCUUUUGGCAAAUAUUCUCUAUCUGUUACCAAUACUUACAAUGUCACCAAAGUGGCUAUUAAUGAAGACAUGGAAACAAUCAAACAAUUUGCUAAAAUGCUUACACAGGAUACUAUAGUGGCUGUCUCGGGACUUCGCAGCCAGCAGUCUCAGGGAAGGUCGCAAAACUCAUACAGUUCUCGCCAAUCACCUACCCAAAAAUUGUUGUCUAAUGUUGUUCUUCUUCCUCUUGAGCAAAUCGUUAAACUCAAAGACACUACUUUUUGUGCUACGGUUGCCACAAUUACAAAAAUCUUUGCCUCAAAAUAUGGCUGGUACUACCAGGCAUGCCAUGAAUGCCCGAACAAAGUCACUGGUGAUAAACCUCCCUACAAGUGUGUCAAGGGACAUGACACUGAAACUGCCAUUUUCAGGUAUAAAAUAGAGGUGGGUGUUCUUCAUGCUGGUACAAAAUGCAAGUUUGUUUUGUGGGACAAGGAGAGUGAAGACCUAUUGGAAGUCUCGGCUGCUCAUAUGCACGAAACCAUGUUUCAGGCUGGAAUAUUUGAUCCCCUCGAUUUUCCACUGGCACUUGACAAGCUCCUGGAUCAGGAGCUUGCCUUCAAAGUCAAGUGGCAACCAGAUUGGUCUAAUUGCUCGGUCAUCAUGUUAGUGAAAGAUAAACCUAUUGUGGAUCAACUAAAAGCUGAAUGGGUGGAUGCAACUACAGUUAAUACACAACAGCUUUCCGCCCCAGUGAACCAUAUCAAAGAGAGUGUUGAUGAGGCCGUUCCAGUUGAUGAUUCCGACAUUGUUACGGUGUGGUUUUGA